AAAUCAAAUCGACGAGGACAGAAUCGUUCGCAGAAGAUAAAGCUGCGUGAGGGAAAGCAAAAGGGCGAAGGAGAUCGAAGAAGAUCGCAGACGGAAAAUGGAAUCGGUAGAUGAUUACAGAAGGAUGACAAAGCUCAGGGAGUGCGUGUUCGGACUUGUGGGAGACGGCUUCGUGAUUGCGGCGGCGGAUGCGUCCACGGGGUACAAUUUCACCAGUGAAAAUACCACCGAGGAUAAGAUCACCGUCCUCGAUUCUCACAAGCUAGUCGCCGCUGUUGGUUUUCCGGCGGACAGGCAUAAGAUCAUGCAUUCCAUAGAGGAUAACUGGGAUGGGAUCACUUGGACCACUGAGUCCACCGCCAAUUUCAUCCGUACUAAGCUCAACAAUGCUUUGAACAACGGCGAGCAUUAACAAGAUGUGUUGAAGUUGUGUGAUGAAAGAUUGUUUCUUGCAGAGGAUGAUUGAAGUCAAUAUUGGUGAUGGCAAAGAUGAAAUCAUCACAUGUCACUAGAAUUUUAUAUUCUUAAAUUUUGAAGGAUGUAACAUUUUGUAUAUAAAGUUUGGGUGUGAUAUAAUUUUGGAUGUUCUCAGUUCUUUUGCUUGCUUUGAUUGUGGAAUUGAAAAGGGAAAUUAAAUUUUGCUUUGUUUCUUUCUCAUUCUUGAAAACAAUAUCUCAUUGUGCUAUAUUA